AUCAGAUGAACCUUUUGCAAAUGAUAGAACCUUUUAUACAUAGUCUACAUAUCCUUUGCAUGCAAUGACUGCUUUAAGUCUGAGACACGAAGACAUCACCAGAUGCUGGGUAUCUUCCCUGGUGAUACUCUGCUCGGCCUGUACUGCAGCCAUCUACAGUUUCUGCUUGUUUCAGGGACUUUUUGUCUUCAAGUCCCCUCUUCAGCAUGUAAAAUGCAUGUCCAAUUGGAUUCCAAUCCAGUGAUUGACCCAGUUAAGGAUUUUCCACUUUUUGGCCAUCAGAAACCCCUUUGUUGUGCAAGCAGUAUGUUUCAGAUCAUUGCCUUGUUGCAUGAUGAAGUGCUAUCCAAUAAGUUUGGAGACAUUUGGUUUUAAACGAGCAGAUGAAUAUUUCUGUAGACUUCAGCAUUCAUUGUUCUACUUCUGUUUGCAAUCACAUCAUCGAUGAGAACACGUGAGCCCAUUCCAUUGGCAGCCAUACAGGCCCGAACCAUAACACAUGUUUCAUGGAUGAGGUGGUAUGCUUUGGAUUACAAGCAUUUUCUUUUAUUCUCCACACUUUCCUCUUUCCGUCACUCUGGUACAUGUUAAUCUUUGUCUCAUUUGUCCACAAGACUUUCUUCCGGAAUUCUUAUGGCUCUUUUGGGUGCUUUUUAGCAAACUGAAAUCUCACCUUUUUGUUCUUCAGGCUUAUCAGUGGUUUGCAUGUUGUAGUGUACCCUCUGUAUUCCUGCUGGUGUAGUCUUCUAGGUAUGGUAUACAUUGACACAUCUACAUCUGCCACCAGAAGAUGUUUUUGAUCUGUUGGGCCAUUGUUAGGGGACUUUCUUCACCAUAGAGAUCAGUUUUUCUUUUUUCUUGUUAACCAAGCUGUUGACUUGGGCGUGCCCAGGGUUUUUGCAAUGUCCCUGAUUGAUUGAUUUUAAUUUCUGAGCCUUAUGGCAGCCAACUUAAGUUGCAUCGACACUGCUGUCUUCAUCAAAAUGUCACACCCCAAGAACAAUCUCAAAGGCAAUUGCAAAGUCUAGAAUCAAGACAAGACAUCAACUGCUCUCUUCUGCAUUCACUAAUGACACAAAUGAACACACAUGCCUAAUAUCUGUGAAGCCAAUACAACAAAUAAUUGUAGUACCUUAAACGAAAACAAAAACAAACAACUACGGUAAAUUUAGAAUGACAAAACACGUCAUAUCCGCUCAUACAGGAACAAGUGAGCUGCGGUGCUGCGUCGGCUUACCAACGGUCUGGAGAUGCCGAAGUUUUAUUGUGAUUACUGUGACACAUACUUAACUCAUGAUUCGCCUUCCGUGAGGAAAACGCACUGUAGUGGACGCAAGCACAAGGAGAAUGUGAAAGACUACUACCAGAAAUGGAUGGAGGAGCAAGCACAGAGCCUCAUUGAUAAAACCACUGCUGCUUUUCAGCAGGGCAAGAUACCACCCACACCGUUUCCUGGAGCCCCACCCCCAGGUGGGGCAAUGAUACCCCCUCCGCCAAAUAUAAGUGGGCCACCGCGCCCUGGAAUGCUACCAGCGCCCCCUAUGGGUGGUCCUCCAAUGAUGCCUAUGAUGGGCCCACCUCCCCCUGGGAUGAUGCCUGGAGGUCCAGAAACUAGAAAAGAACAGCUGAUCCGAAUUGGACCAGACUGUGGCAUCUUCCCACGCUUCCACCUGGAGCCAGGUAUGCGACCACCAAUGGGAGGCCAUAUGCAGAUGAUGCCCGGGCCCCCCAUGAUGCGCCCGCCUUCUCGGCCCAUGAUGGUGCCCAUCAGGCCUGGCAUGGUGCGGCCUGAUCGAUAGGCACCUCACCAAGAAGCCCGCCUCCUGAGAGAUGACUGCUGCUGCAACCCCUGCUGACAGAUAUGAAGGCUCAAGUUUAGUAUAUUUUCAGACUUGAUCACGGUUGAACACCACCUCACUCCACCCCUGUAUUUGGUUCUUUGGUGUGCAUCAGAUUCUCAGAUGAAGUUUCGACGAGCUUUUUAGGUGCCAUGAUUUUAAUGGUUUUUUUUGGUUGUUUUUUUUUUUUUUUUUUUUUGCUGACUGAUAACUUAUUUGAAUCCUAUUAUUCAACAUGUUUUGUUUUUUUGUGUGAACACAGUUUCAGCCCAACAAGCUGAAGAAUAAAUAAUUGUAAAAUAAAAUGUGUCUUGGGUCUGGCAGCUAUAAGACGCUUUUAGUCUAUGAUAAUCUUUAUUUUGUCACUUCAGUGAUGUUAAAUGGAGCUCCCAUUUCUUUCACUGAUAUGUUGGAAGUAAUGGAAAUGAUGGACAUUUGCAAAAAGUUGAGGUGCAUAUAAAAAUGUAUUCUUGACUGGUUUGUAAUAUGGUACUUUUCCUGUUGUCUUAAAAUGAGAUGUUACACUACUUUUUACAUUAUUUUUUAUUUAUUUUUUCUUAGGAUUGCAGUUUGUUAGGUGUGUGUGUGUGUGUGUUUUUCACCUGGCCUGUUUGAAUAAAUUGGUUCACAAUGAGCGAACCUC